CUAGUAGCGCAGCGCACUCGCUAGGGGACGACGAACAGAGAGCUGCGCUCGUUGUUUACCCCGGUUUCACCUCGUCGUCGUCGUGAACAGAGAGCGCUUGUUUUCGUCUUUGAAUGGAGCUCGCCGAUCGCUGAUUUCCCGCCGUGUGUCACACGGGAUGCUUGGCUCUGCGAGCCGUUAGAUCAGAGGGUUUGUCUUUAUUCCUGAUGUGCUGGUGAUCCUCAACACAAUGAAGUCAGAUAUACCGUACGAAAAAAUGGCUGAUGUGGAGCUAAACAGAGGAGAAGCACAUCUUGGCUCACAAAAGUAUUACAGGUGUCUGAUCAUCCUCACCAGUUUAACCACAAUAUUGUUGAUACUCCUAUCGCUCCAAACCCUGCUUGUUCCCAUGGCAACAUCCUCCUCCUCAAAAUCAUCUGGACCGCAGGAGCGUCUUCUAAUCAGAGAAACCUGCACCGAUCCCUGCAGGAUCAUUCUAGUGGAGAGUAUUCCUGAGGGACUGGUGUUUAACUCCUCGACCACUCACCAGUCCGUAUUCGAAGCCUGGCUCAACCUUAUAUCCGGCGCUCGGACCAGUCUGGACAUCGCCUCCUUCUACUGGACUCUUACCAACGACGACACGCACACGCACGAGGCCACAGCUAAUCAGGGUGAGCAGAUUCUGCAGGAAUUGGGACGGCUCUCGGGGAAGGUGUCUGUCCGAAUCGCGGUCGACAAAACAUCGGAGAAAAAAUCCACGGACGACGUUAAGUUCCUGACGGAUUCUGGAGCUGACGUGAGGAUGGUGAAUAUGCGAGAGCUGACCUCCGGCGUGCUGCACACUAAAUUCUGGAUUGUUGAUAAGAAGCACAUUUACAUCGGAAGUGCCAAUAUGGACUGGAGGUCACUAACACAGGUGAAGGAGUUGGGUGCAGUUGUGUAUGACUGCGGCUGUCUUGCUAAGGAUCUCGGGAAGAUCUUCGAGGCUUAUUGGUUCUUGAAUCAGACCCAGACCGUUCCCGCACACUGGCCCAACAAAUACUCCACCCUGUACAAUAAGGACACGCCCAUGCAGCUGUCACUCAACGGGACUGAUGCCAGCGCUUAUCUAUCAAGCUCUCCUCCUUCGCUGUGCGCCGAGGGCCGGACUCCAGACCUGCAGUCUAUCCUCAGCGUGAUCUCUAAUGCCCAGCAGUUCGUCUACAUCGCUGUGAUGAACUAUCUCCCUACUAUAGAGUUCUCCAGUCACAAAAGGUACUGGGCGGAUAUCGAUAACCAGCUGCGGAGCGUGGCUUACGAGCGUAAUAUUCGAGUGCGUCUGCUGAUCAGUUGUUGGGACAAUUCUAACCCCGUCAUGUUCCCUUUCCUCCGCUCGCUAGCUUCCUUACAGGACACGAGCAAGCUGGACGUUCAAGUGAGGAUUUUUACUGUCCCUGCCAACCCUCGGCAGAAACAAAUCCCCUAUGCCAGAGUCAACCAUAACAAGUACAUGGUCACAGAUACAGCUGCUUAUAUAGGCACAUCUAACUGGUCAGGUGACUAUUUCGUGAACACGGCUGGAUCUGCGUUAGUGGUGAACCAGACUCAGGCUCAGUCCACAAGCCCUACGGUCCAGGAGCAGCUGCAGGCGGUGUUUGAGAGGGACUGGGACUCUCCGUACAGCACUGACAUCAACCACAGAACCAACCGCAAAGACAUGUGCUAGACCACUAGUGUCCGUGGGCUUCCCGCGGCAGGGGGCGCUGCAGAGAGCCAAACUCUGUCAAACUGCAUUUGCUGAUGGUUUUCAGGACAUGUACAGCAUAGACUUCUGCUCCUUUUCUGGCUUCGAAAAUACCACGAGCUACUUUUGCACUAGAUAAAUACUGACGCCACUCACUUCUGACCAGCUGCAUAUAUUUUGCACAAGACGUGUUUCAAAUGACAAUGCAAUGCAAUGCAAUACCUCUCAUCAAAAACACUUCCCUGUUGAUUAUUUUUAACCCAGAUUUCAGGAGAUAUGGUAUUUUCGUUGAUUCGGUGCGUUGUUCAUAACCGCUUUCUCUUUAUAAAGUGAUUGAUUACGAAUGCUGCAUUUAAAAAGCGUCUAAACAGUAUUUGUUUUUUGUUUUUUUUUAAUCGGAUCCGACCUUUCAAAGAAGCAGGGUUUAAUAACCGGUCUGUUGUUAUGAACAUCUCCGAAGGCAUUUGUUGUCUUGUCACCACUAUUGUUUUAUAGUUUAUACUUAAAGACUUGCAAGGUGAGAAAUUGCGAAGUAUGUGGGUUUUUAUUAUGUAUAUUAAUCUGGAAGUGAAAAUGUCUUGCUGUUCUUUUAAAACGUGAUCAUCUUUAUAAAGAGGAACAGCGAGCUGUAAUGAGGGAUGUGUGAGUCGGUUUUUAAACUUUUAAAUCAUUUUUUAAAAAUACGCACACUUCAGAGUUUCUCAUCAGAUGUAGAAUGGACUUAAUUUGAAACCUUUAUUUGGGAGCUGCGUGUUUGACGAAAGUGUGAAGUGUUACUAAUAAUAAAAAAAACUCUUGAUCUAA